AUGAACGCGACAGCAGAAGCUCGUAGUGGAGAAGGAGCACGCCACGGCGGCGAGCAAGAAAAAGAUGACCAGACGGAGAAGAAGGUGUCGUUGCUCGGCAUGUUCAGGUACGCCGACAGUCUCGACGUGCUGCUCAUGGUGGUCGGCUCGCUGGGGGCGGUGGGCAACGGCGUGGCGGGGUCCCUCAUGCUGGUCGUCUUUGGAGACGCCAUCAACUCCUUCGGCGAGAGCACCACCAGCACCGUCCUCCCCGCUGUCACCAAGGUGCGCCCCAGCUUACGGUGA